GUCUGUGCUUUGCAUGCGCUCCCAUUCCACCCAGCACCCUCUGUGCUUGCGACACCCACUCAGUCCCAGUCCUGCGCUGUCCCCUCGCCCUCUGAGUAGUCUCGUCGCUGCCGCCCCUCUUCCCGUCGUGGGGUGUAUUGUGGUCAGCUCUUGCUGUGCAAGUACAGCGUUAAAGUCCUCUCAGCCUUCCCCGGCCACUUCGGAUUAUGGCCGAUCGCAUGUCUUACCACCCAAUGUUCUCACAGAACAUCAUGCAAACACCCGUACAGCAACAGGCCCAGCAACAGAUGUUGCAGCAGUCCCAGCAGCCUCAGCAACCUGCUGAUCCUCAGAUGAUGCAAAGUCUCUCUAACCCCGAAGCAGGGCGCAUGUGGCAGCAAAUGCAAAAUCAGCAGAGCCAGAUGCAGGCCCAGAUGCAGAAUUCUUACCGGCCCCUACCGUCUGGCGACCUGACUGCCCCCCAAAUGAACCAACAGGACUAUGCUCGAGGUCAAGCAUAUUCCCAAGGACAAGGACAACAGGCUCUUGCUCAGCAGCAGCAACAGCCAUUCGGACUUAAUGCCCAACGAUUCAACCCACCGGGCGCUACUUUUCACGAUUCUCAGGGCAACCAGGCCCAACCAUUUAUACCGUCCAAUUUCUUAAACAUGCCCGCUAAUACCCCCCAAAUGAAAUCUCCCUUCGUUAGAGGGCAGGUGAUACAGGCACCUAUCAACAACCCAAAUGUAUCCCGUCAACUCCAGUUCAUGGCAUCCCAAAAUCAGCAGGCGCCCAACGGCGUGGAUAUGGCUCGCCUCCAACAAACAGGUUUCGGUAUCCAACCAGCUGCUCAGCAAGCCACGGACGUGUUUGUAAUGUCUCCUAAUCCAGAUCAAAUGCACGGAUCACCCCAUUCGUCUGCUCAUCGAAUGGUCUCACUGCCCAAUACUCAGGCUCAAGUCCAGAAUGGUCAGAGGCUAACUUUGGGUGAUUGCAUGGAGAGGUAUCAAUUAUUGAGGAAUGGCAUCCCCCGUGUGGAGCAGAAAAUCUCCGAAGCGGAAGCCGCCAUUCGUGCAGGGAAUAUUCCGGAACCCGCUUCUUCAAGGCUUGCGGCGAUGCGCAUGGAACUCAACACUAAGAGACAUCAAUUUCAAAUGCUCAAUGCAUAUCUCUCACAAGUCGCGGCUCAACAGAAGCACAAUGGUACUAUGCCCGCUAACAUGUCGCACUUGAAUCUAAAUGGCCCAUCCCUUGCUCAACCACCUCAGCAAGCACCAGGAUCUGUCGCGCCGCAGCAAAGCUUCCCUGCACAGGUCAAUUCGACUUCCUCGCAAGGGUUUUCCAUGACCCCCCCUCGCAAUGGCACUUCUCCUCUGCCAGCCGUUCCUCAGAAUUCAGCAGGUGUUCCUCAGCAGAUUUCCGCGCAGCCCGGACAGAUGAAUCGUCCAAAUACUUUCCCAGCGCGUUCUGUGCCAGGGUCACACCAGUUACCUAGCCAAGCAACCAACUCCAUACCUCCAAACGUGGCAAAUGCGAAUCAGUUUGGAGUGCGACCUGCUAACGGCCAAGGGGUCGUCCAAUCACAACGUGUCAAACCGCUUGACGCGCAAAGAUUUGAGUCGACGUAUGCACAGUUCUGCCGCAGCCAACGAAUGACUCCCAACAUGAAAGUUACGAUUGCUGAGAACCGCGUAGUCGAUCUACAUAGGCUGCAUGCUGAGGUAUUGCAGGAAGGCGGCUACAUGUCGGUGACACUGCGAGAAUGGUGGUCCGUUAUUGGCGGACGCAUGGGCUGGAUACAAUUUCCCGGUGACCCACCGCGUUGUGGCCCAGGCAUUGCUCAGCAGCUACAACACACGUACAAGGAACAUCUAUCGCAAUUCGAAAGCGCCUAUAUCAUGACAGUGCGUAACCGAUCAAUGACUCAGCAGCAGCAGCCACAGCAGCAACAACAACCAGCCAAUGGUAUGACUGCUGCUAAUGGUCGCCAAUCCGCCGUGGCUAUGCCGACCGAAACGCAGCCUAACCUCCCUUUCGAUCCCCGCAUACUACAGUACGCCAAUCUUAGUGCUGCGGACUUGCGUGCCAGAGGUAUGCCCCAGGCUACCGUCGACAUGAUUGAGGUGUACCGUCCCCAAUUGGCUCAGUGGCGACAAGCUGAGCUGACAAGACGAGCCGCAGCUGAGAAGCAGACUAUGGCCAAUUCGCAGAUCCAGGUGCCAAGUGGGCCAGAGCCUCCUGUUGCGGGUGGCGCUCAGCGACCCCCACAACUGAUGCCCGUUUCAGUUGGCGAUCACAAGCCCGACGGGCAGUUUCCAUCGGUUCCGUCAUCCAGCUUCAACUCUCCUAUGCCGCCAGAGUCUGCCAGGGCAUAUCUUGCGAAGCUUCAGAACGUAAUCAUAUUACGUGGCCUGGACACAAUGCAACCCCAGGUCGUAACUGACGAUCAGCGGCCUGAGUAUGAUCAGUUGUUGGAGCGAGCCUGUAAGCUGGUUGACGACCUUGACAAUAAGCUGCCGGAGUACUGGAAUAUCAUCAACCACGAUGAGACGAUUCGCAGAUUUGCUGUCAUUAUUGUAACCGUAAGACGACAAAGGGAGCUUCUUUCAACCUCAUCCCAAUUCGUCAUCAAUUUCACGACACUUCGCAACAUGGUCGACCAAACCCAGAGACUGAUCGAGGAGUGCGAACAAAGGCGGCGUCUGAUAAAUGCAAGAGUUGCAAAUACCUCGGGGCCUUCAAACCCCCCUCCCCCUGCUUCUGUAAAUCGUCCAGCUCCUGCUGGGCCGCCUCCGACUGUUCCACAACCGACUUCUGCUCCCAUGACUACCAAUUCUCCAGCACCCCUUCACCCGUCACCACUACCCCAACAACCCCCACAACCACCAGUUACAAAAAAACCCGCUCAACCUUCUCCAAGCCCGCCCAAUCCUCCCGCUCAUAUCACCAAUACCACGUCGCCAACCCCACCUCCCUCGGUCUCCACGCCGGCGACGAGCGCAGCCACCCCUCAAGCACAACCUGCUGGUUCUCCCCAAAACCCGAAGUCACCUAAAUCCAAGGUCGCCCUACGCCCAAAGGUUCCUCCUCGUGUCCGCAAGCCUUCAACGUCUACGAAAGGAGCUGCUACUCCGGAUGUAGCACCUACUCCUGUUGUUGGAGUGAAACGACCUCCUCAGGAUGACACAGCCGCCAUCCUGAACCCGGCUCCAUCUGAACCUGGACCCAGCCAGGCGCCCUCGCCGAAGAAAAUCAGGACGGAGUGGGAAGGUGAACCAAGUGAAGCGCUCCUGAAGAGACAACAGCAGAUCAAGAAUGUCAAGACGGAGGAGGAUACUAUCGCCUUCUUCGACCAAAUGAGGGAGCUCCUGGCCAUAUCGGCGAGGGCCGAUAGCUCGGUUCACAACGAUAUUGCUGCCUCGUUGAGUGAGAUUCUGGCAGGUGUUUCCCAGGAGCCUGAAGAUGCCGCUGCCACGGCUGCCGCCUUAUCUACUGCUAGGGAAUUCGGUCAGCCACCGACUGCUCUUUCUCCACAUCAGGGACCUGUCAUUGACGCGUUUGGAGAGUUCUUCGACUUCUCCUCUUACAAUACUCUGGAAGACGAGGAGAGCGAUUCUAAGGCUCCCACUCCCGAGCUUGUACCUUCAUCUGAAACCAACCCUAGCCCAGAGUCAGGUUCGGAUGCUGACGCGUCGGCCGGGUCGCCAGGUAAAACCAAAAUCGAGGAUUCGUCAGAUCACAUAGACCUGUUGCGGCUAGGAGUCCUCAGGGAGAUUGACGGAGGAGAGGCAGCUCAUUAUCAGUCCGAUCAUUGGAAAUGGGAAGGCACAAUGCCGACGUCGGAACAGCCUUGGGCAAUGCUCACUUCAUAGGAUCGCUCUGACUACACCUUCCGGUUAUUUAUUAUCUAGUUCGGUUUUUAUGCUGGAGAUAUGCAUCCUCACCCCAUCCAGACCCCCCCUGUUAUCAGUACGAGUACCGCUUCUUGAUUUGUCCCGUCUGUAUUUCUAUCUUGUGUUGUUGGCUACUGCAUAUCUCACUCCAGACUAAUGGAUAAG